AAACAGAACAGGGACAAACUAGAAAGGGGGUUUGUUUCACUUCAGAUUUGGUUAAUUAGGGUUCCGUUGGCGCGAGCUAAGAACGAAGGAAGUCGAAGCAGUAAAACCCAAUCAAAGACCCUCACUCUCAGCCCACUCUUCAAGUAAGUGAAACAGAAACAAGAUCAGGCUAGGAGACAAAUAGCUUGAAAUCUUUUAUUGCUAGCUACUGUUCUUGUGCUUUAAUUCAAUUGGUCUUACUUUCCCUUAGGAUCUGUAAUUACAAGAAGCUUAGAUUUGACACAAGCAGGCACAAUGGACAGCAUAGUUGAUUCUCUGAAUAAUGCCUAUCAAGAUUUUGUUGCUGCAGCAGCUAAUGUGUUAGAAGCCAAAGAAAAUGCUGGUUCCAUUAAAACAAUGGCAACAGAUACUGCUCUAGAAAACUUUAAGCAGAAGUGGGAAUUGUUUAGAGUAGCAUGUGAUCAAGCUGAGGAGUUUGUGGAGUCUGUGAAGCAAAGGAUAGGAUCUGAGUGUCUGGUGGAUGAGGCAACAAGGCCUGUGGCAGGAAAACCUGGACAAGCUACCAUGACCGGUCUUCCUCCCAUUAGUGCAGUUCGGUUGGAACAGAUGAGUAAAGCUGUUCGAUGGCUUGUGAUUGAAUUGCAGCAUGGCUCUGGAGCUGGUUCUGCUAAUUCAGCUCUUACCCACCCCUCAGCUCCGUUUGAUGCCAGGUUUUCUGAAGAUGCUGCUCAGUAGCAUUAAUGUGACUGUGAUGAUUAAUGUUAUAUAUUUUUUUCUCUAUGAUGAUCAUGCUUAGACUAUAUUGUGUUAAACAUUUUAUACAAGAUUAAGGAUUAGAUUUAUGCUAAGCUGUUAAAGAAUGUAACUUGUGUGUAUUGUGCAUGACACAACAAUCCUUAUUCCUUAAUUUUCUGUUGGUGAUAAUUAAUGUAUUUUAUCCUGCAAAAAUGAAAA